GUGCCAUGUUGAACUGGUGUUGAUGCGGUAACAGUGUUAAGAGGUUCUGUAAUUCUUCCGUGAAACACGACUCCCUCGUCCACGCAGUUAGCUAGCAUGCAUUGAGUGUGUGUUAUUCGACGUUCUCAACUUUGAAGCUGCAACCACGAUGUGGCGUAUUGUCGCGGAUUGAUUUCCUGUUGGUUGACAGAUUAAUGAACAAACGAAACAGUUUCUGAUCGACUUGGUCAGUCGAAGGUGUACUGGGAGGCUUCGCAUGUCGGCUCCUGCUCAGCCCCAUUCCCUUUCGCAAAGGGUUUGAGCUCAUGUCUGUUUUGGGAAGGAGAGCAGAGCUGCUGGAGCAGAUGGAGAGUCGCAGAGGACAGUUGAAGAUCCAGAAGAAGCAGCAGUUGGUGGAGUCUGAGGACAGUCUCCGCAGGAACGCCACUCUGCUGCAGGAUUUACAGAAGAUAGAGGAUCGCCUCAGAGGAAGGCAGCUGCCAUGCCCCUACCUUCUGGCUCUGGAGACAAAAUACUGGGCAUCUGUGGAGGAGUCUAUCCCAGCCUGGGAACAGUUCCUCCUGGGUAAAGGUCCUCAUCCGACUGAUGGUCCAGAACAGCCACCCAGGAGACCCAAACAGAAAGCCAGUAGAGCUAAAGCCCAGGGUCUGCCUCCUCACCCAAAAGCCAGGACUGUUCGAUAGGUGAGCAGUGCAGCUGAUGAUGCCCCCUGUAGCCCAAAAGAUAGCUGUGAGGUUUCAUGAUGCAGAAGAUCACCUGCCGAUUCCAGUGCCCUGAUGACCAUCCUCCUGUGCGGUGGUGGACAUAAGUCAGGGGCUUUGCUUCACAGAUGUCACCAAAAAAAAGAGAGAGAGAUAAAAUGUAACAUUUAUCUGGUAAUUUAAAGUAAGAGAGGAAUGUAUCAACUACACUCCAGACUGGCAGCGAGAAGCUGUUAGCAUAGAUGUCUUCCAGGCACUGACUGUAAAAAAAAAUGUGGCUCACAAAUGUGAUCAGUUUCGAUAGCUGCAAGAGAUGAUCUCAUUUAUAGUAUUGGUAUAGUAUUAUGGUAUGGUUUGCUGACCUCCAGUGCUGCUGUAUGCCUAAAAAGAUCUACUCAAAGUGAUCCUAAAUAUCUGCACUGUUGUGUCAAAACCACUAGAGGGAGUCAGUGUCCUGGAUAAAUAUCUUGUGUCUGGUGAUCUGUGCUUUUUCCACAUUAGACGACUUCUGUUUCAAGUCAGAGUCUGCUGAAAUUCAUGUUUUCUUUUCACUCAGUUAUGCAAUGUACAGUGCAAAAGGUCAUUAAACAUUCUUGUAUUUAA